AUGGCUCAGAUGGUUGUGAGUACCAUCGUCUAUGGAAAAAAUGCUCAUUAUAGUUUAAAAGAUCCACAAGCGAUUUUGCAAUGUGCAGGCAAUACCGUCUUCCGAGCGAGCAGGUGUAGAUGCAAUAUGUUACAAAAUUAUCGGUUCUCUAUGGUGCAAAUUGAACAUCAGGGUCAGCAUGUCAAAUUUUUUUCCACGAACGAUUGCACUGGAAGUACAAUCGGGGCUUACACCCUAUCUGGUUGCUAUGACCUGACCAACAAGACAAUCAAUUCCAUGCACAAGGUUAGCGCUUGGAUGUUGAAGCAAUCAAUGCAUGGGAUACACGACGCUUGUGUGAAAUUGUUUUCCUGUGUUGAAUAUAAUCCCAUGGAAGAGCUGAUGAUGUUACGCAGUUAUCAUCAAUUCGUCUCAAAGUCUUCGGUGUUGUCAACCAGUUCAGUGCAAGCCAAUUAUUCAUUUCUAGAUGCAGGAAUAAUUGUUGUUUGCCAACACAACCCAAAAGAGAACAAUGAGAUCCGAGGAUCCGAUAGUAAUAAUGACGACAAUGAUGUUUCGAUAGUUAGUCCAUUAGGUCACGGAUUAGCCAAUGGAACAACUAGUCAACGCCCUCAUCCAUAUUAUGUCACAUUAACAGAGCCUCGAUUAUGUGGUGGAGUGUUCCUUUCCAUCAUACCAGAGACAUGGAUAUUAACAGCUGCCCAUUGCGUCUACCAUCAUUAUCACUCUCGCCGUAAUAAUAAUAGUCAAGAUGAUGAUGAUGAUGUUGAUGAUGGUGAUGUUGAUGAUGAUGACAAAGAAACUAUUAUUCAAAAACCUAGCGGCAAAAUCCGAUAUGGUCAAAGUACUAGUAAUAGUGCAUACGCUCCAUUCCAUCGUGUCAUCAUUCAUCCCAUGUACAAUCCUGACAAUGAAACUUCUCCAUUUGGAUAUGGGGAUAAUAAUGAUAGAGAAGAAGACGAUGGUCAUAUCACCAUGACUACCAUCUAUGAUCUUGCCUUGAUCCAAUUAGAUAAUCCCAUUCCUAUUGAGAACGUUGAUGGUGAUGAUGGUGAUGUAUUCGUUGACCAACAACAACAACAGCAAUUACGAACAGUUCAAGCCAUUCCUAUCUAUAUGUCAUCAGCAUCUCUGUUUUCAUCUUCUGCAUUACCUUCAUCGUAUGUAAUAUCAUCAACAUCAUCAUCAUUGCGGUCGUCAUUAUCUGUAUUAUCAACAUUAAAAUCAGCAUCAAUGUCAACAUUUGCAUUAUCAUCUUCAUUUGCAUCAUUUCCUUCAUCACCAUCAGCGACUAUAAAAUCGUCACCGUCAACGACUAUAAAAUCAUCACCAUCAGCGACUAUAAAAUCGUCACCAUCAGCGACUAUAAAAUCAUCAGCAUCAGCGACUAUAAAAUUAUCACCAUCAGCGAUGGUAACACCAUCAUCAUCAACAGCAGCAUCAGCAUCAUUGUCAUCUUCCUUUACUAAUACAUCGACAUUCAUGGAAUGUAUGGGAAUGGGGGCCACACAGUUCGAACCAGAUAGCGAGUCCAGCGAGCUAAUGACGGCGGUAUGUAGUUUGACACAGGAUCAUCGUCUCACUGGGAUUUUUACGCCAUAUCUACCAGCGGUCAGCAUCACCCAGUUCGAAUCAUCGUCAUUAUCGAAAUCGCUAUGUCAUGGAGACUCUGGUGGUCCUUUGGUCGUUUCACAACCACAACAAGAUUAUUUGGAUGGCGUUUUAAGUCGAAUCAUGUAUGCGUAUGACCCGACUCCGGAUCAACCGACAUGUCCUUUGGCUGAGACAACCUUAUCCAUGAUCAACGUGUAUGUCAAACCAUCAUUUCAUCUGGAUUGGAUCAGUCAUGCUUCUGGUUUGGAUAUUCAUACCUUGACCACGCCAUCCAAACCUUUCGCCGUCGUCCUUCCAUCCAUCAGCUAUGCCAACCACGUCCUACCUUGUUUCUCUCUUACAUUCCUUUGUUGUUGUCUUGUUUGGAUCUUGCUUUAUUCUUGA